AUGUCCGUCAAUAAUUUUACUCUAUUUUCUUCCGAGUGUCACCUUGAGAAUGCUACUCUUUUCAACACGGUCGCGAUCCAACUCCACCCGCAUUACACGGGAUUCCGUGAAAGCUUCGCUGAGAAUUGCUGUCGAGACCAAUUUGAAACCAUACAUCAGUAUAUCCUUUCCCUCACUCUCUAUCUAUAUAUUCUCUCUCUCUCGCUCUCUCUCUCGCUCGCUCUCUGCCAGGCAGAUAACAUCAGCAUUGCCCUGAAACUUCUCUUUACAUUUUAUACCGCUUCUUUCUUUAACUCUCAAACGUUAAAUUACACCACCUUGGAGUUUGUUUGUUUUUUUUUUGUCAUUGCAGCUGAUCCGCGCAUAAUGGCAGCCCACGAUUAUCUUUCCAUUACUACACCCUACUUGAUUCGAGCGAAGCAAAAUGUCUUUUUCCUUUCUCUCACUCUUUCUUUUUCUUUCUUACUUUCUUUCUCUCGUUCUUUCUUUUUUCUUUCUCUAUUUCUUUCUCUCUCUCUCUCUCUCUCUUGUAUUGUUCUUUCUUUCUCCAUUUCUUUCUCUCUUUCUUUCUUUCUUACUCUUUUUCUUUCUCUCUUUCUUUCUUUUCUCUCUCUCUCUCUUUUGUAUUUUUCUUUCUUUCUCCAUUUCUUUCUUUCUAUCUUUCUUUCUUUCAUUCAUUCUUUCCCUUUUUCUCUUUUUCUUUCUCUCUUUCUUUCUUUCUUUCUUUCUCUCUCUCGUAUUUUUCUUUCUUUCUCCAUUUCUUACUUUCUCUCUCUUUUGCUUUCUUUCUUUCUUUCCCUCUUUUUCUUUUUCUUUCUCUCUUUCUUUCUUUUUCUUUCUCUCUCUCUCUCUUGUAUUUUUCUUUCUUUCUCCAUUUCUUUCUUUCUCUCUUUCUUUCUUUCUUUCUUUCCUUCUUUCUUAUCCUUUUUUCUCUUUUUCUUUCUCUCUUUCUUUCUUUUUUUCUCUUUCGCUCUCUCUCUUGUAUUUUUCUUUCUUUCUCCAUUUCUUUCUUUCUUUCUCUUUUUCUUUCUUUCUAUCUUUUUUCUCUCUCUCUCUCUUAUAUUUUUUCUUUCUUUCUCCAUUUCUUUCUUUCUCCAUUUCUUUCUCUCUUUCUUGCUUGCUUUCUUUCUUUCUUUCCCUCUUUCUCUUUUUCUUUCUUUCUUUUUUCUCCCAUUUGUUUUUUCUUUAUUUCUUCCUUUCUUACUUUCUCUCUCUCUUUAUUCUUUCCUCUUUACUCUCUCUCUUUCUAUCUUUCUUCCUUUCUUUCUCAUGUAA